CAGUGGUGUGUUUUAUUUUCGAGUACAGCUGUGUCGAGAGUAAAUUGGGGCGUCAAGGAGCCAGUGUCAACAUCAGUAUACUUUGGGGUGGCUGUGGAUUUGUAAUUAUCACAUAUCACAAUUCUCUUUGAAGUGGGCUAGGUAUAUUUUAUGAUAUAAUCCAGAGAAACUGCAGUCCAUUAUUUCUUCACUCCUACAAAAAAUCUGGAAGAAAAAACAUCAAAUAUACAAUUAAAUUCACAUCAAGGAAACACAAAGGAUACGGCUCCAAUAAAACACGGACUGAUUCGUAUAUCUUGAAGAUAUCACAUUAUAACAGCUGUACGUGACGCGUCACCUAUUCAUAUAUCGAGGACCCGGUGUUCAGCACUUUAAGAAAAUCACAAAGCUGCAGAGAGGGCGUAACCGGAGCAGCACGCCCUCCAACGAAAUGUCAACAGGAAAUGGGGGAGCUACGGGUGACAGCAGACCAUCUCAGUUCACUCGGGAUGCUGUUGGUACAGGGGACUCUGGGAGUGGCUUGAGCCCGGAGACCUCGAGCUUAGCUGUCAACUAUGAGACGGAUUGUGGAGGAGAGAGCAUCAGUUCCUUCCCGAUGUCAGACGACCUUGAGGAGCCUGUUGCAUGCCGGCGGAAGGUCAGCUUCCCACUUCAUACCCCAGGGGAGCUGGGGCCUUUACUCAGAUCUGAUAUUGAUGGCAGCAAACUUCCUGAGUUGGAGGAUGAUCUUCCCGGUGUGGAGACAUCGCUGCUCCAUGUGCCCAGCAAAUGUGCCGAGCAAGCGGAGGAAUUCGUCAAGAAAGUGUGGGCAGCGGGCUGGAAUGUGGCCCACCACCAUACCCUUCCAGACUGGCUGAAGGAUAAUGACUUCUUGCUGAGAGGCCAUCGUGUCCCAACAAACUCCUUCCUCGCCUGCUUCAAGUCUAUAUUUCGUAUCCACACUGAGACAGGCAACAUAUGGACUCAUUUGCUAGGCAUGAUAGCUUUCCUUGGCAUAGCUGCCUACUUCCUCACCCGUCCUUCCAUCGAGAUCCAGUGGCAAGAGAAGGCUGUGUUUUCUGCCUUCUUCAUUGGGGCCAUCCUGUGUCUGGGGUUCUCCUGGGUGUUCCACACGGUCUACUGCCACAGCGAGAAAGUGGGACGCUUCUUUAACAAACUGGACUACUGUGGUAUAGCCCUAUUGACCAUCGGCUCGUUCGUGCCAUGGCUCUACUACAGCUUCUACUGCAGGCUGGAGCCAAAAGUCACCUAUCUGGCACUCAUUUUCUUCCUAGGGACCAUUUGCAUUGUCGUUUCCAUGUGGGAUAAAUUUGCUCAGCCGCAGUACAGACCACUCCGAGCAGGUGUGUUUGUGGCGCUUGGCCUUAGUGGAGUGGUGCCGGCCAUGCACUAUGUGAUCACUGACGGCUUCUGGCAUGCCAUCAACUACGCGGCCCUGGGCUGGCUGGUGCUCAUGGCUGUCUUGUACAUCGUUGGGGCUGUCAUCUAUGCUGUGCGCAUUCCAGAGAGGAUCUUUCCCGGCAAGUUUGACAUCUGGUUUCAGAGCCACCAGAUAUUCCAUGUGUUUGUGCUGGCUGCAGCGUUUGUGCAUUACCACGGGAUCUCUGAGAUUGCCAACUAUCGUCUCACCCUGGGAGACUGCAUUGCAAGAGAAAUACAGUAAUUUAGGUGCACCCAAGACUCCUCAGAUGUCAGGGGCGCUGAGAGACUGUUGAUACCUGAGGACUGGAUGUUAUACCUGGGCAGACCCCAACAUGGCCGAUAAUUUUUUUUUUUUUUAAACAUUAAUACCAGAUCAAACAUUUUUAGCAGGUUUCUUAAGAUAGGGGCGCCUUUUUUGUCCUCUGCAUGUCUGAGAGGUCUUUAACUUUAUGUAUGAAACAAAGAGAUCAACCUAGUCCUCGAGGGACCUGCAAAAAAAUAAAAUCUGCUUUUUUUCCACAAAUAGAUGUCCAGAAGUCUUUCUAGGUAUUAAGUAUGUCUCUUCAGUAGACGUCAGCUGUGAUCUCUCUUUACCCCUGUUUUAUGAACUCUUGUUACCUCACCUGACUCCCAUCUCACUUGCCAUAAAGGGAAAGUAAAACAAAAGAGAUUAAGUCUCCCUGCUGGUCACUUUUUCCUGUUUGUUUGCCAAACUGUUUUGCGGACAGACUAAGUGUAAGUCUUUCGUGUUUGACGUGUGUGUACCACACUGGGGUGCUGUGAUGUGGGGUUUUGCACAAAACAUGCGAGUGCUGUUUCAGUCGGUGAUUUUAAAAAGUUCUAAUGGGUUCAAUGUCAUCCAUCUCAGGGCAGGCCAUUCAUUAGGAAUCAUCCGAAAUGUUCAGUUCUUUGUUCAUUUAAAUCUUAUAAAUAUAAGCUUUGUCCUUUGCGAUGCAAGGAACCAUUGUUUUUCCUUUUGAGUGUUCAGCUCAAUUCAGGCGAAAUGUGAAAGAAAUGAACAACAUAAUGGCUACUGGUCUUGAAUUCACUCUUGUUACCAAAGAUCUGGGUUAUGUUGGUUUUGUUGUUGUUUGUUUGUUUUUUUUCUCCUCUUAGUCUCACUAUUUUCAUGGUACUCUUCUCCUGUUGGUUGGGAUGUCCCAUGCUACUUUUUUCUCCCCUCAUUGAGGUGGUACAGCCAUUGUUGCUUUCUAUUUAUUACCAAAUGCUUCACGGAUCAAUGAUGGUGUUUGAGAAAUACAAAUGGGGAUUAAAUUUUUUUUUCUUAAUUUAUUGGGGGUGGGUGUUUACUGGAGUGAAAAACAUGACUGUAUGCAGGGUCUUUUGUUCAUAAAAGAUAAUCUUACUCUUUUUUUUUGUGCCUUUUGUCUUGGCGUUACUGAAAAAAUGUCUAAUCUCUUCUUGGAAUUGCUUCUUGUAUUGUUAUCAAGACUUUGUCAUUUGUGUCGAGAGCAAAGUGGCCACGUCAGAGCUAGCUGCUCGGCACAAGUCAGAAACAUACUUCAGUGACAAUAUUUGAGAGUAUGUUUGUAGCAUUAUUUUGCUUCUGAGAUAGAUGCAGGUCUACACAAUAUUGUUGAUCAGGUUGUAGUUCAAGGACUUGGAAUGAAUAUAUUUUUUUAAUAAUUUCAGACCUGGCCACUUUGUGCCAGGUACCGUCGUUAUGUUGUUAUGCACACUGGUUGUCACGAUAUUUUCCAUUUGAUUAACUCAGGUCUUUUUCUUAACACAAUGAACAGUCAUGAGCCUUGACUUCUCAAGAAUCUAUACAAUACUCACAUUUCACAUCCACGAGUUUUGGUUUGCGUAGCUGCACCUUCUGCUCAAAGUUCAAUCUGGAAAUUAGAGGUUAGUCUGUUGUGGAUUUUGUGGAGUGGUGGGUAGACUAGCUGUUGAAAUAUUCAUACCAGAGACAUUUAAAGCUUUACUGGGAAUUUUAAUGCUAGAAUAAACAUUAAUCAAAACCCAGUGUAAGGGACAUGAUGUUUUGGCUUCCCCUUCAGCGUGUAAAAAAGAAAGGAUUACAGUUGACAUUAGUGCAGCUUCCCCCCUCCCAUAGAGACAACCAUUUCCCUUCUUCUCUGUCACUUGUUGUUCUGUUCCCUGGUUCCAUUUUUUCACUUUCCCAGAGGGAAUACGAACCCUUUCAUUUUCACAGCGGUAGUUUGAGGUUGCCGCUGGUAGGUCAUACCUCUAUUCCGUUUCUGUUGUGAUGUAUUUAUCCUGUAUCUGUACGACAGUGUUCUUCCCCCCGUCCUUCUCCCAGUGAUAAACUCUGCAACUGAAAUAUAUGUCACUAUCUACAGAGCAGCAGGAGUUGUCAAUGUAUUGGUGUGUCAUGGGUCUUGUCAUUGUGAAGCUUAUGUCACUGAGUAAAAGGCAAUAGAUUAUCAUAUAUAAUAUAUAACUAAAUAUGAGCUGAAUUCAGUAAAUGGCAAAUUGAUACAUUUUGUGGUAAUAGAAAGUAACAGCGAUUUAUUUAAGAACUGAAAGGGGAAGGGGGUGGUUUUAUCACAUUAAUUUGAUGAUUUUACUUUAGUUUUGGGGAAAUUGAAUCGGGAGGCGAAAAAUUUAUAUAUGCCUUUUUAAAAAGUGCUGCUGUUCUGAAUUAACAUUUAAUAACUGGGUCUGUGACAUGAGUCUUUUCUUGUUUCAGACUACAUGUUAUAUGCCUUUUAAAUCAAAAUCUGUGCUGAAAACUUAUAUUUUGUCUUUCUGCCAUGGUCUUGUAGCAGGUGCAUAAAUCCUGGAAUCGAAAGAUCAUAUAUAUAUAUAUUUGGUUGAACAUUUUGCACUUUGCAUUAGACAUUGACAAAUGGAGAUCAAGAGCUGGCCCCAAUGGAUGUAAAUUGUUUUGUUGUUCAUGCAAUUAGUAAUGUGAUCCUCAUGAUUAUUUUGUAUAUGUUGCUGAAAUGAUCAAAUUAUAUAUGAAUGAUUUGUCUCAUUGUUGCAUCUUUCUUUUACAUUAUGUGGUGUAGCUGUGCUUUGAUUUCUCAUGAAGAGCAUUUGUAAAUCUUUACAUUCAUCGACAGGACAACAGAAAUUUUUAUUACUAAUGGAAGAAAAUUAACAUUCAUUUCUCUUUUUAUGUAUGCUGUCAUUUUCUUUUUCUUGUGUAUUGCAGUGUUUUAAAAAUUAUGUCUCCUAUUGGCACAAGACAACGGUGUACAAGUUGAUUGGAGUAAUUAUGCCAGUUUGGUAAUGCUUGGGGAGGGUUGCUUCCAAAGUAUUUAAUUAUUCCUUUUAAUUUUGUUAAUGAAGUUUGUAAACUUCUAUGAUGAUUCAUGUCAUUGGGCUUACAGUGUGUUAUAGUUUUGUCUAAAGAUGUCUGCAAAUGGUUGGAAUGUGAACCCAUGAGUCAUCUGUAAUUGGUUCAUCAUCUUUAACAAAGAUGUUCAGUGUUCAGAUGUCUCUACUUCAUUACAAUGCAGCAAAACUGAAUCCUCCAUAUUGGACUCUUGUCAGCAACAGAUGAGUUUGUAAUCAGGAUUCCUUGUCUCGCAGUACAUCAGACUGAGUCACUUGUCAAAUUGUAGGCAGAUACUGAUAUUUUAUGUCGAUAAUGCCUUUUGAGUAUUGUGCAUUAUAAUGAUUAUGGUAAUCAGGAACGCUCACACUUUAAUCUUUCAUGCGGAUGGUAGAAGGGUCCAAAUGGGUGGUCUUACAUCUUUUUAAUUUCUUUGCUCUUUCUGUUUGUCUGUCUUACUUUUUCUGAGUGCUAAUGUGGCAUUAUUGUGUCAGUGUGCUUUCCUUCAAAUCAAUUGAAAUAUGAUUCAUUUUACCACUUUCUGUUUGUAAUUUAAAAUGCAGUACACGAUCUGUUAAAAGAAAAUAAAUUUUUAUUUUUUCCCUUUUCAUUCGUUUGAAGUAUGCAUUAUUGGCCUUCCACUGAGAUGUUGUAAUAAAGUGCACAAAUAAUCUGACCUUGUCUAGAUCAAAAGAUUUGCACUUCAUACGAUAACAUCAUUUGUCAAUUAAAAAUGCCUCUGAGAACUAAUAGAUCUGAGAUGAUUUCUAUGUAGAAUUACAUCAUGGCAUGACUGUUGACUACAGUGGGUAACAUUAUGUGCAUACUAGAUAAAGAGAAAAUAUCUUUUACUGAUAUUGUCCUGGUACAAAACAGAUAUGUCCAAUCUGCACUCAACAACGCGUAAUGACAAUCCGACUCCUUCUGUAUAGAAAGAGAUUGAGCUUGUUGUGGGAUUGCCACUUUUCCCUAAUAUUUCUUCCUCUCUGGAGGACAUUUUAUUUCUAUUUAAACAGACGAGAGGGUGUCCUUCCAGGGUGUCAUCAUGUACAGUGAGUUUUGGAACUAGUUGACUUUGAACCAGAUGACCACCCCUCUUUCUCCCUCCCCUUUUAAUGUUAAUUACAUUUGCUCAUGACACUCACUAGUGAUGAUAACAAGAAUGUGCCUUUAUAUUGUGUUGUAAUGAAAAAUACACAGCUCCCUGUUGCAUGCCCAACACUUGUUAUGAAGUAUGGAGCUGUUUGAGUAGCUCACUAACAGACGUUCAGAUGUUUUGCCUGAUACCAGUUUAUUUCUUUCUGGCCAUUAGAAGCAGAUCCGAAUACAGAAAUCUGUAAGAGUGUUUAGAUCUGUUUGUGGUUUCGGUUAUAUUUAAGUACAUAUCUAUAUAACUGGUCUUUGGGUCCCAUGUUGAUGAUCUAAGAUACUUUAUGCUAUGAUGAGAAGGUUUAUUACCAUAAGAAGUAAACUGAUUACCUUUAUAAAGAGUUUUAUAGGUUGCAGUUGUAUUUGAGUGCAUAUUUGUAUCUCCCGGUUUUGGGCCAUCUGAUGAAGGUCCAGGAUACUGUGGGGUUUUUUUGUUUUGGAAUGUCAUAAGCAGAUCCUGUUGCUGUGAUGUGUGGAUUAGAACAUGCUGCUUAUGUUUGGCUGACUUGUAUUUAUCAAUGGCAUGCCUGCAUUAUCGGGGUUGGAACCUGGUAAAAAUCCAGUAUUGAAAUUUGUAUUCCUUUUUUUUUAAGGAAUAGAAGAAAAGGUUCUGCCUGCCUUUCGGUUCCCAGUACUUGAAAGUUGUUCUGGGUUAGUUUUUUUAAGGUAAAGUGUAAGGGUGGUAUUUCUGCAAAUUUGCUGUUCAUAUUAAGUAGCUGUCAGACCUGACGUCUAAAUCAGUCAUACCCAGUGUAGUAAUGACUUUGGUUAAAGUGGAGCAUGAUUUUGAACUAUUUAUUGAUAUGGAGUACGUUUUCUUGGUUGAUGUAUAGAUUGAGUUUGAAAGUCCACAAGUUGUAGUAGUAACUUGAUGUUGUGUGAUAUGAGGUCUAUGUAUCUGAUGUGAUGUUGAACUGAUGUUGUGUUCUAGAGAGUCUGAGAAUUCCAAACUAAACUUACACACUGCUAUUGUUCUUUGAAUGUAAUAUCCUUUAUUGAAUGACAAGUUUUCCAUGUUCACACUGUGCAGUCUGCCCCUUGUCUCAUCACACAUGGAGUUUGCUGAUAAGAGUAAAUUUUAUAGCUUUAUAUAUAUCUGCAUUUAUGUUAAAGGGAUAGUAGUGUGUAUUACUGUUUUUGAGUAGGUAAAAGCGGUGUUUUCUUUGUCUUAACCAGAGUAUCAGGGCUAAAGUUUCCAGGUUUUUCCAAUACUUGCGUGUAUGCUCUAAGCUUUUCCGAAAUUUUGUAAGUGAUUUGAGCCUUGGAACCUAUCAGGUUGGUAGUUCGAGCCAUAAAAAAAGAGCUUUUACUUUUAUUUUACUAGUACCACAAUUUAAUCUACUAGAAAAUUUUCUCAACUGUUAAAAAUGAAGUUUGGUAGCUCAUUGUAGUACAUGUAGUCGUGAGAAUUAUAUAUAUUUUUUAAACCUUUCUUUGGGCAAGGUAACCCGACAGCAAGGGGUUGCCAAGUGCUUUAGCAUCAAAUAGACCCUUCCUUUGUCUAGCUGAGCGUCAGAAGACUGAUAAUGAAGUGGUAAUUCUGAGCUGUGUGAGAUGAGGCAAGAGUGCGGCAGCAGCACUAUCCUGAGUAGCGUCCCCUGCAUUCCUCGACAAAAGGAAAGAGUAGCCCACCCCCCAGUCCAAACCCCCUUGUGCUUUCAAAUACACAUACAUAUCACUCACACUACGCUGGUGUCUUCAAUGACAGUAGCGUCGCCGGCGCUGGGACGUUGGUUUGGUGUGGGUGGGUUACUGUCUCCCUUUGCCUAUUCCUGUACCCCCUCCACCAGAUAGAUGGCGGCGGUCAAGAUUACUACUGCUACUUAUCAUACUUAGCCUCUGUUCUCCCCUCUAGAUGUGUCUACUGCUCAGUGUGGUCCGAAUCACUCACGUGUGCACAGACACCAGCCCCUGUUCGUUAUUUCCACCACUCUCCGACUCACUGUCGAGCUCCUCCGACUUGGCCCUCUUCUUUUCUGUAUAUUUUUUUCUCGUUCAAGAACAUCAAAUAAAAAAAAAUAAAAGAAUAUAUAAUUCA